AGCCUCCUGCGUGGGUACUUAUACAUGCAGAUUAAUCUCACCAACGCACUCAGCUGAGCUAUCUAUUUCAUUCUUACCCAGUGAACUACCACACGCGCUCGACUAGUCAAAAUGACGAAUAAAUAGCGAAUAAUUAAAGAGGGAACACGGCUCAUACCAUCAUGUGCGAAGACGAAGACGAGACUAUGCUACAGCAGACCAUACCCGUCAAAGAAUAGAGAGAAGACUGCACUUCAGACAAAAAUUGUGGCGCUGGCACAGUUUGGCUCAUUGCGGAUUUCUUUUUCAGAGUUGCUAGCUAGUAGCUACUACUUCCAUAAGAUUUCUGUUAAGUCUCAGUCGUCCGAGUCGAGUUACUCCAUCUACCGGAUUCGUCUCACCAAGGCACUCAGUUGAGAUACCUAUCUCACGCGUUCAACUAGUCAAAAUAACGAAUAAAUAUUGAAUAAUUAAACGCGUCCAUUCAUACCAACCAUGUGCGAAGACGAAGACUGUGCUACUUCAGACCAUACCCGUCAAAGAAUAGGGAGAAGACUGCACUUGAGACAAAUAUUGUGGAGCUGGCCCAGUUUGGCUCAAUGCGGAUAGUUUUUGGAGUUAGCUAUAGUAGCUAGUACCUAUUGCUUCCAUAAGAUUUCUUUUGUGCCUCAGUCGUCCGAGCCCAGUUACUCUAUUGCACUCGUAUGCUGAUUUUUUUUUUGGCCAGGGAUAGUAUAUUCCCACUUGAAGUUGGAGAAACCAUCUAGUUUGGCUGGAGAGGACCCCAACCAAACCAUUAUAUUUGUUCUAACUAUUAACCUGCAUCCUCACCUUUGAAAUUUUUCUCUUUCUCUCUCUUCUGAGGAAGCUUCUUGCCUCAUUAAUCAACCAGUGCUGAGCCUGCAUGUUUUUUGCUUACAGUACGAGUAGUCAGUCAAUCAUAUGCUUACCCUAAACUAGGUGUUAACUUUCUAUCGUAAGUCACUUGGUUGCGUGUGUGUGCCAGCAUCAUCAGUGUCAUCACACAUUCUGUUAUGGUAUUGCGUACCUGCUCCUCCGUCAGAACUGAAUGAUCAAAUUGCAUUGCCGCCCUUCUAUUUAAAGUGGGUGCAGUGAGCUGUACCAUCACACCACACUUAAACAUCCUGUUGCAAAGCGAGAGCUUCCAUUCAUCCAGGCCGAUAGCAGAGUAAUGGCAACUUUGUUGUUUCCAGGCCUCUGUCGGCUUCUCUACCUCUUCUUGGGUUUCUUCUGCAGCCUACCGUUACUAGGCAUCUGCGAUGAAUCAGAGAGCGAUAGACAAGCCCUCCUGUGCUUCAAGUCCGGGCUCUCAGCACCCGCCGGAGUUCUAACUUCAUGGAGCAAUGAGUCCAUGGAGUUCUGCAACUGGCACGGGAUCACCUGCGGUGCGAUGUCCCCUCAGCGUGUCAUCGUGCUGGACCUUGAAUCCCAAGGCAUCUCAGGCUCCAUCCUUCCUUGCAUUGCUAACCUCACUUGGCUGGCAAGGCUCCAGCUGUCCAACAACAGCUUCGGUGGUGGCGUGCCGUCCGAGCUUGGCCUGCUGAGCAGACUCACCAACCUCAACCUCAGCAUGAACACUUUGGAAGGUACCAUCCCGCCCCAACUCUCUGCAUGUUUCCAACUUCAAGUCCUGGGCUUGAGGAAAAAUUCCCUCAGUGGAGAGAUCCCAGCUAGCCUUAGCCAAUGCAAGCGCCUUCAAGAGAUUAACCUUAGCAAAAACAAGCUCCAAGGGAGCAUCCCUCCUGCUUUCGGAAACCUUCCUGAGCUGCGCAUAUUAGAUCUGGCCAGCAACACACUUACCGGCAACAUACCGCCAUCUUUGGGCAGCUGCCGUCAUCUCACAUAUGUUGAUCUCGGGAUCAAUGCUCUUGGAGGGGUCAUCCCUGAGUCCUUGGCAAAUAGUUCAUCUCUUCAAGUACUUAGGCUCAUGAGCAAUAGUCUUACUGGAGAACUCCCAAAGACUCUCCUCAACACUUUGUCACUUGGUGCCAUUUGCCUCACACAGAACAAUUUCGUUGGUUCCAUACCUUCUGUUACUGUCACCUCUUCCCCUCUUAAGCAUCUCUAUUUAGGGGGAAACCAUCUUUCAGGAAGAAUACCUUCCUCACUAGGGAACCUUUCCUCCCUACUUCGUCUUCGUCUCACAAACAAUCAUUUAGUUGGGAGCAUCCCGGAGAGCUUAGGUUAUAUUCCAGCAUUAGAGAUAUUGACCUUGAGUACAAACAACCUAUCUGGACCAGUUCCACCCUCUAUAUUCAACAUGUCAUCCCUGAAAAGUCUUAGCACAUUUGACAACUCACUUGUUGGAAUAUUACCCUUUGAUGUCGGCUACACCCUGCAUAAUGUCGAGGACUUAAUACUCUCAGGAAACAAUUUUGAUGGACCAAUCCCAGCCUCUCUUCUCAAAGCUUACCACCUCCGCUGGCUUGACUUGAACAAUAAUAGAUUUAUUGGAUUCAUACCAUUCUUCGGCUCACUGCCAAAUUUAGUGCACCUCGAUUUGGCAUCCAACGAGCUAGAAGCAGAUGACUGGGGAUUUGUCUCUUCACUAUCUAACUGCUCCAGAUUGAACAUGCUGGCCCUGGAUGGAAACAAUCUCAAUGGGAAAUUGCCAAGUUCUAUUGGAAAUCUUUCAAAUAGUCUUGACUCGUUGUGGCUGAAUAGCAACCAAAUUUCUGGACCUAUACCACCGGAGAUUGGCAACCUUAAGAGCCUCAGUAUAUUGUACAUGGAAUACAAUUUUUUCACUGGUAAUAUACCACCAACAAUUGGGAAAUUGAACAAAUUGGUCAAGCUAUCCUUUGCGCAUAACAGGCUUUCAGGUCAGAUUCCAGAUACUUUUGGCAAUCUUGUCCAGCUGAGUAUGCUGGAAUUGGAUCAUAACAACUUCAGUGGAAGAAUACCUGCAAGUAUAGCACGAUGCUCUCAACUCACCAUACUCAACCUUGCUCACAACUCACUAGAUGGGCGUAUACCAAGCAAAAUCUUGACAAUCUCUACGCUUUCUAUAGAGCUGGACUUGUCAAACAACUACUUGUCUGGAGGAAUGUCUGAUGAAGUUGGAAGUCUCCUUCAUCUGAAGAAAAUCAACAUAUCAAAUAACAGGCUGACUGGCAACAUCCCAUCAACUCUCAGCCAGUGUGUUGACCUGGAGUAUCUUGAGAUGCAAAACAACUUAUUUGAAGGAAGGAUUCCGCAAACAUUUGCCAUCUUAGUCAGCAUAAAACACAUGGAUAUUUCUGGGAACAAUUUGUCUGGAAAUGUACCGGAGUUCCUCAAAUCCUUGAAAUCACUUCAAGACCUGAAUUUAUCCUUCAACCAUUUUGAUGGAGCAGUUCCGACAGGCGGUGUUUUUGACAUCGCUGGUGCGGUUUCAAUCGAAGGAAAUGAUCAUCUGUGUACAAUCAUCCCAACGAGAGGUAUGAAUCUUUGUAUGGCACUGGCUGAUAGCAAAAGAAAGCAGAGGCUACUGGUUCUAGCCCUGGUGAUUCUAUUGCCAAUUGUUGCUGCCACUGCAAUCCUUUUCUCUUGUAUUGUAACAAUUUAUUGGAGGAAACGGAUGCAAGCAAAUCCCCAUUUGCAACAUCACAAUGAGAACAUAAAGAAGAUACAGAAGAUAUCAUAUGAAGACUUGGUACGGGCGACUGAUAGGUUUUCUUCUGCAAACUUAAUUGGUUCUGGAUCAUUUGGAAGGGUUUAUAAGGGAAGUCUGCAGUUACAAUCAGAUCAAGUUGCCAUCAAGAUUUUUGACCUUGACAUUAAUGGGGCAGAUAGGAGCUUCAUAGCAGAGUGUGAAGCUCUAAGAAAUGUUCGCCAUCGGAAUCUUGUAAAAAUCAUUACCUCAUGCUCUUCUGUGGAUCAUACUGGGGCAGAUUUCAAGGCCCUAGUAUUCCCAUACAUGCCAAAUGGGAAUCUAGAAAUGUGGUUACAUGUAAAAGAUCCUGAAGAUGGUGAAAAGAAUAUUCUGAGUUUAAGCCAAAGGACUACCAUAGCCUUGGAUGUGGCAGUUGCUUUGGAUUAUCUUCACAAUCAGUGUGCACCUCCAGUUAUACAUUGCGACUUGAAGCCAAGCAAUAUUCUUUUGGGCCUUGACAUGGCUGCGUACGUCAUCGACUUUGGCCUAGCAAGAUUCUUGUUCAGCACAGCAAAUGCACAUCAAGAUAGUUCAGCAAGUUUAAGACGCUUAAAAGGGACCAUAGGAUACAUCCCACCAGAAUAUGGAAUGAGCGAAGAGAUAUCAACCAAGGGUGAUGUCUAUAGCUUCGGAGUGCUUCUGUUACAACUGAUAACAGGGCGUAGUCCAACUGAUGAAAAAUUUAACGAUGGUAUAAGCCUUCAUGAAUUUGUUGAUAGAGCAUUUACAAAGAAUAUUCAUGAGGUUGUUGACCCUACAAUGCUACAAGAUAACAGCAAUGCAACUGACAUGAUGGAGAAUUGUGUUGUUCCACUUCUAAGAAUAGGCCUCUCUUGCUCCAUGGCAUCACCCAAAGAGCGGCCCGAUAUGGGACAAAUUUGUACUGAGAUCCUUAGAAUAAAGCAUGUGGCCUCAUACACAUGCAUGCUAGAUAAAGCAAAGAAUCGGCAGGGUAGUAGCUAGCAACAGAAGUUCAUGUAAAUAAGAGUAGUAAUGUAUAUUAUCUUAUGUUUCUUUUUUUCUUU